GCGGCUAGAGGACCUGAGAGUCUGGUUCCCACCUUGAGAGCCUCUUCCCGGAGGCAAUGCGCACCCAGGCACCGAAGGGCAGAGCAGGACAAAAAGCUGCCAAUCACUGCUCCCUCCAUCUCUGUGAAGAGACCAUCUUCUAACAGAUCCAGCUGGGCUGACUCCUCACCAUGCAAGGCUGGCUCAACCUCCCCACACUCUGUCACUUCCUUCUCCCCUGGGCCUUCACCAUCUUCCACAAAGCCCUGGGGGACCCAGCAUCCCACGGGGGCCCCCACUACCUCCUGCCCCCCAUCCAUGAGGUCAUUCACUCUCGUCGUGGCGCCACAACCACGCUGCCCUGCAUCCUGGGCACCCCGCCUCCCAGCUACAAGGUACGCUGGAGCAAAGUGGAGCCAGGGGAGCUCCGGGAAACGCUGAUCCUUAUCACCAACGGACUGCAUGCGCGGGACUACGGGGCCCUGGGGGGUCGAGCCAGGCUGAAGAGGGGCCACCGGCUAGACGCCUCCCUGGUCAUCUCGAGCGUACGCCUGGAGGACGAGGGCCGGUAUCGCUGUGAGCUCAUCAACGGCAUCGAGGACGAGAGCGUGACGCUGACCCUGCUCUUAGAGGGUGUGGUGUUUCCGUACCAACCCCGCCGAGGCAGGUACCAGUUCAAUUAUUACGAUGCGAAGCAGGCGUGCGAGGAGCAGGACGGACGCCUCGCUACUUACGCCCAGCUGUACCAGGCGUGGACCGAGGGGCUGGACUGGUGCAACGCGGGCUGGCUGCUCGAGGGCUCCGUGCGGUACCCUGUGCUCACCGCGCGCGGCCCCUGCGGCGGCCCCGGCCGGCCCGGCAUCCGCAGUUACGGGCCGCGCGACCGGAAGCGCGACCGCUACGACGCCUUCUGUUUCACGUCCCCGCGCGCAGGCCAAGUGUUCUUCGUGCCCGGGAGGCUGACGCUGUCUGAAGCCCACGCGGCGUGCCGGCGGCGCGGGGCCUCGGUGGCCAAGGUCGGGCACCUCUACGCCGCCUGGAAGUUCUCGGGUCUGGACCAGUGCGACGGCGGCUGGCUGGCGGACGGCAGCGUGCGCUUCCCCAUCACCGCGCCGCGGCCGCGCUGCGGGGGCCUCCCGGAUCCCGGGGUGCGAAGCUUCGGCUUCCCCCAGCCCCAGCAGGCCAACUACGGGGCGUACUGCUACUCCGAGUAGGGCCCACGGCACAGCCUCCCGCGCGCGAGAAAGCCUGGGAGUCGUGGCAGGGGCGUCCCCGCCGCCUCUCUCCCGAGAGCCUCCUCUCCCGCCAGAGGAGGAGCAGCCCCUCCUAACCCGCCUUCCUGGCGGCGGGCUUCGGGCCGUAGAUCCCGGCUGGUCGGGAGUCGGGAGGGGAGGUAGUGGAGUCCCCGGUGGCGUUGUGCAGCCACGACCCUCGCAUCUGCGGAUCAAGGCCCCGUGGCGUUUUGCGUGCCCCCAGCAGACGACUCGGCCCCUGCUAGAGGGCGGGAGGGACGCCCAGGGGACAUUAACUGACCUCUGUAUACAGCAAUAAAAUAACGGGAAGUUUUUGUGUUGGGCGAAGCUAUAAGCGCGGCGAGGCUUUCGGGAUAAGGGGAAUUAAUUCGGGCCCAGAAUGGUGACUGUGCCCGGAGGGGUCACUGCCGCUUAGGGGCGAGCCUGCGGGAGAGGGGAUGGCGAGGAGAUAGCACCGAAAGGGCGAAGGAGAGUUGAAAACACAAUGAGCUACUUGGCCGGGUAUAAA